AUGAUAGUCAAUAGUGACAACGAACUCAUCCUUUCAAGGAUUGUCACAGGCUGGUGCAUUUGCAUGGAUUAUAGGAAACUCAGUGUGGCGACCAAGAAGGACCACUUCCUUCUCCCCUUCAUCGCCCAGAUGCUUGAUCGAUUAGCUGGAAAGGACUUCUACUGCUUCUACAGAAGGUUCGUAAAAGGGUUUUCUCAGAUUGUGUGUCCCUUGAACGCACUAUUAGAAGUGAAUCGACCCUAUGUAUUUGAUAACGACUGCCUAGACGCAUUUGAAACAUUGAAGUAUGCGUUAACUACAACUCCGAUACUAAUAGCACCGGACUGGACGCAGCCCUUCAUUCUGAUGUGUGACGUAAGUGACGUUGCAGUUGGAACCAUAUUGGGGCAAAAGAAAGGAAACUUGAUACAUCCAAUCUCCUAUGCGUCGAAGACUCUAAACGACUCUCAGGAAAUCAGAUGGGUGAUGCUCUUGCAAGAAUUUGACAUUGACAUCAAGGACAGAAAAGAGACUGAAAAUCAGGUGGCUGAUCACCUGUCGAGAUUAGAAAAUCAAGAGAUCCAGGACAAACAAGAUGAAAUCAGAGAUGCGUUCCCUGAUGAAUGUUUAUUCAAAGUUGAAGAUAGGGAACCGUGGUAUGCAGGCAUUGUUAAUUACUUACCACCAAACAAUUCCCUAAGCACUUCAACUCUCAAUAGAAGAAACGACUUGUACACGACAACAAAUUCUAUUUUUGGGAUGAACCAUUUCUUUACAAACAAGGUCCCAACUCCAUCAUGCAUCAGUGCAUUUCAGAAGAAGAGACACAAUGCAUCCUUGCUGAGUGCCAUGAUUCUCCUUACGGAGGGCAUCAAUUUCAUGGGACCUUUCCCUAUAUUCUGUGGUCAACAAUACAUCUUGCUAGCAGUAGACUAUGUAUCAAAAUGGGUUGAAGCUGUGGCUUGUGCCAAGAAUAAUGCGGCGACUGUUUCAAAGUUUCUCACAAAGAAUAUUUUCACAUGCUUUGGAAUGCCGAGGGCAAUGGUGAGUGAUGAAGAUACGCACUUUAUUAAUCGCAUCAUUUCGAAAUUACUUGCUAAAUACAAUAUUAGGCAAAAAAUUGCUACCGUAUAUCACCCCCAAACCAACGGUCAAGCAGAAGUAUCCAAUCGGAAAAUACAGAUGAUAUUGGAAAAGGUAGUCAAUGCAUCAAGGAAAGAUUGGGCACAAAGCUUGUCAUUUACUCUUGAGGUUGGAGUACAAAGCUUUUUGAGUAGUGAAAAAGCUGAACUUGAACCUGGAAGACGCGAGUGA